UCGGAUGGAAGGUUGGGUGGAGGGCUGCCCAGCGCCAUGCAUAUGCCACAGUGAGCCGCGGCCCACCUUGGCCUGCCAACAGCAGGGCCUCUACUCCAUCCCCACAGAGAUCCCCAUUCACAGCCAGCGCAUCUUCCUCCAGAACAACAAGCUUACCGUGGUCCGCUCCACCAGCUUCAGCCCCUGCAGAAACCUCACCGUACUCUGGCUCUACUCCAACAACAUCAGCCACAUCGAGGCUGGUGCCUUCUACGGCCUAGAGAGGCUGGAGGAGCUGGACAUAGGGGACAAUGACCUGAGGAUCAUCAGCCCCACUGCCUUCCGAGGCCUGUCUAGACUGCACACCCUGCACCUGCACAGCUGUGGCUUGUCUGUGCUGCCUGUAGGCGUUUUCAGGGGACUAUUUUCCCUGCAGCACCUCUAUCUCCAGGACAACAGCUUACUGACUCUCCAUGACGAUACUUUUCUGGACCUGGCCAACCUGACCUACCUGUUCCUCCACAACAACAGGAUAAAGACUGUGACGGAUCACAUGCUGCGAGGCUUGGUGAGCUUGGACCGCUUGCUGCUGCAUCAGAAUCGAGUGACCUUCGUCCAGCGCAAUUCUUUUCAUGACCUACGCAAGCUGACCACUUUGUUUCUGUUCUUCAAUAAUCUAACAGUGCUGACAGGGGAGACCAUGGAUCCACUGGUGUCCCUCCAGUACCUGCGUCUGAAUGGGAACCAGUGGAUCUGUGACUGCCGGGCCAGGACCCUGUGGGACUGGUUUAAGGGAUUUAAAGGGUCUAGCUCAGAGCUUGAGUGCCAUGUUCCGGCCAGACUGUCCGGAAAAGACCUGAAACAGCUAAAGAUCCCUGACCUGGAAGGUUGCUAUGACAGCUCUGACCAUACUUGGAUUAGCGUGUUCAGUUCCAAGACACGAUCUGGAAAACUCACCACGGAGAGUCCACUUAGGGCUGGUAUUCCCAGGUGCUGCCUCUCAGAUAAAGACAAGUCGUCCAUCAUCUCCAGUAAGGGUCUCCCAGAUCCCUCCUCCUACAACAGUAGACAAAUCACCAACGAUCCUCUGAAGGAGAAAGAGAACAUCUCCAAAACGAAGCUGUUGGAAGCUGACCCCAACAAACCCCAGAACAAACAUAGUUUGAACGAUGGGCCAGUGGGAACAUUAUCUAACAACCUGGACCAGUCCUCAGAGGAUCUAAGCCCCUCCAAUGACCCUGAAAAUAAGAAAAGGUGUGCAAAGGAGAACAUGUCAGACCCUCUGUGUCUCAAGUCCCACGGAUCUACAAUUGGAGCAUGGAGGCUUGUCUUUCUGCCUGUGUUUUGGCUAUCCUUAGACUUCUGUUAGAAGUUACA